GCCUCGAGACCCCGUCGCGCUAUAGUGACUGUAGCCGUGGAGACAGUUACUUACCAACGGGCGCAACACUCAGCAACAGCAGCAGCAGCAUCUGGAAGUCACCGAACGAGUGGGAGAGAGGGGAAAAAGAUCAGAGCGAGGGCAGAAGUUUUCUCACGGCGAAGCAUGCAGAACUCUGAGGGAGGGUCAGACACCACUACCAGCGUGACUGCGCUGCGGACAUCAUCAUCAGCCCAGGCUCCUGUGGUACAGCCCGUCCCAGCUUCCCAGCAGAGGGUGCUGGUUCAAGCCACAGGCUCAGCUCAGAAGGGAGGACAAGUACAGCAGCUUUCAGUACCCAGGGUCCAACAGGUCCCUCAGCAGGUGCAGCAGGUGCAGCAUGUCUACCCAUCUCAAGUCCAGUAUGUUGGAGAAAGCGGAGAAGCUGUGUAUACCAAUGGAACAAUCCGAGCAGCUUACUCUUAUAACCCUGAGACUCAGCUGUAUGGGCAGAGCAGUGGAGGAACCUACUUUGAUUCUCAGGCUGGUGGAACUCAUGUCACCACGGUGGUGUCCUCUGCCAGUGGUGGUGUGCCUCCACACAGCAUGGUUGGCAUUGCCAUGGAUGUGGGCAGUAGCCACAUCAUCUCCAGUGGCAGCACCUACCUGAUACAUGGCGGAAAUAUGGAGGGAAGCCGCAACCACAUAUCACACUCAUCACGCUCCUCCUCAGCCAUGCUUGAAAUGGCGAUUGAAAACCUCCAAAAGUCUGAAGGAAUUGCAAGUCACAAAAGCAGCCUGCUCAACAGCCAUCUCCAGUGGCUGUUGGACAACUAUGAGACGGCAGAAGGAGUAAGCCUGCCCCGGUGUUCCCUCUAUAACCAUUACCUGCGGCACUGUCAGGAACAGAAACUGGAUCCAGUCAACGCAGCCUCCUUCGGCAAACUCAUCCGCUCGGUCUUCAUGGGGCUGAGGACCCGCCGCCUUGGCACCAGAGGCAACUCUAAGUAUCAUUACUAUGGCAUCCGGGUGAAGCCGGACUCACCGCUCAAUCGGCUGCAGGAGGACACCCAGUACAUGGCCAUGAGGCAGCAGCCUGUCCACCAGAAACAGAGGUUCAAGCCUCUACAGAAGGUAGAUAGCAUGUCUGACAGCCUGUGUGGGAGCUCUCAGCACUGCAACAGCACUCCAGAGCAGUCGGUGGCUGCUCAAAGCCAGCACCACCAGCAGUACAUCGAUACAUCUCACACUUUGCCUCCAUUUCCCUCUCCUGACUUGGGCAUCCAGCCUCUACCUGAGCGCAUCAACGUGAAUGACAUCAAGAAGUUUCAAACACUCUACAGAAACCACUGUGAGGCUACUUUGGAUGUGGUGAUGAAUCUCCAGUUCCACUAUAUUGAGAAACUCUGGCAGACAUUUUGGUAUUCAACAACGCCAUCUAGUGACGGAAGUACCACUAUCCCCAACAGUGAUGAUGACUUGGAAAGUGGAAUUCCCAGAGAGAAGCUUGUGGCUCUGUGUAAAUAUGAACCAGUCAGAAUAUGGAUGAGGAGCUGUGAUCACAUCCUCUACCAGGCCCUGGUGGAGAUCCUCAUCCCUGAUGUGUUACGUCCUGUUCCCAGCACCCUCACUCAGGCCAUCCGAAACUUUGCCAAGAGUCUGGAAGGCUGGCUGACUAACGCCAUGAACAAUUUCCCUCAAGAGAUUAUUCGCACUAAGGUGGCGGUGGUCAGCGCGUUUGCUCAGACUCUGAGGCGUUACACCAGUCUGAACCACCUGGCCCAGGCAGCACGGGCCGUCCUUCAGAACACCUCCCAAAUCAACCAGAUGCUCUCUGACCUCAACAGGGUAGACUUUGCCAACGUCCAGGAGCAGGCGUCAUGGGUGUGUCAGUGUGACGAGAGUGUGGUUCAGCGUCUUGAGCAGGACUUUAAGGUCACCCUGCAGCAGCAGAGCUCUCUGGACCAGUGGGCUACUUGGCUGGAUAAUGUGGUCUCUCAGGUUCUGAAACCUCACCAGGGCAGCCCCAGCUUCCCCAAAGCUGCUCGCCAGUUCCUGCUUAAGUGGUCCUUCUACAGUUCAAUGGUGAUCAGAGAUCUGACUCUGCGCAGCGCUGCUAGUUUCGGCUCCUUCCACUUGAUCCGCCUGCUGUAUGACGAGUACAUGUUUUACCUGGUGGAGCAUCGUGUGGCUCAGGCCACUGGUGAAACUCCGAUUGCUGUCAUGGGAGAGUUCAGUGAUCUGAGCUCAAUGAUGCCAUCUCUGAUGGAAAAGGAUACACCUUUCUCUGAUGAGAUGAGUAAUUUGGGCAGUGAUACUGAUGCAGCCAGAGGACCUUCUGAACCGGCUGUGAAGAGAGAGAGGAUUGAAAUCAACCACCCUCUGCAGGAGAUGUGAGUCCUUCCUGAAAGCCACAGCAUCUCUGUGACGAGUGGCUCAUGAAGCCUUUUGGAGCACAACGGUCCCUUCCCUCUGCAGACAGUGUGCAAUGUAAAUAAAAAAAAAAGAAAAAGUGUAGCGGCAUUGGUCCUCCCCUGACUAGUAUUUUUAAGGAUUUUCUUUUUUUUUUUUAAACUCACAAGGGUGUAACAGGUCUGAUGUUUUGUUUUUUUCCAACUGUGAAUAAUGUUGUGCAGUACUUUCUUAUUGGAUGUAUAACUUUGAGUGGUGGUAUUGUGAUUAAUUUUCUCUUUUUUAAUUUUAUUUUUUAUUUGAAUUAGUUGUGCCAUAGUGUCAUUUGAGUGCCUUAGAUCUCUAACUUUAAAACCACCACUGCAGAUGUCUGUUCCUCAGCUGUGCCUCUACCGCAGUAUGAAUGUAUCGUUUCAAAAACCUCAAACAUUCAAAGCACCUUUAACGUUGACUAGGUAUCGGUGUGCUCUUCUCGUUUGCUCUGCUGCAGCUCGUACCUAACACACACAAAAAAGGUAAAAGAUAUUAAGAACAACUGACUCAAAGGACUUUUCCCCUCAGUUAUUCCCACCAGCUCAAGUUAAAUGCAGGCUCUGUGUAAGGCAGUAGGACCUCAUCAUGUGGCUGUAGUCAGGAAGGCGGGGAUCUCGGGUGUGUUAGAUGUUAGUUUGUUUACCUCAAUAGAUUUCUAUGCUAUGCUCAGUUCGGCUCAGAUUACAUGAGGCAAGUAUUUAAAAGAAGAUAAAUGUAGCCACUGUUCUGUUUUGUAUCUCACUCCCGUUUCCUUUUCAUGUAAAUAGUUCUACACGUUGAUCUCAAACCUGUGACAGCUCUAAAAGCCGUAAGGAUACAUGCACACACUUGUGGCUGUUUACUUCAGAGUUGGAACAAGUCCAGAAUAAUCAGUUAAAUGGAGACAGGAUGUUAAAUACAUGUUAAAGCUUUGGACUGGUAAACCAAAACCCUUAAACAAAAAGGCAUCUGAGCCAGCACACAAGCCCCAGACUUCAGAUACUUUGACCUCAUGCAGUUACUCAGUUGAAGUCUUAUAUUCUGUUUGAAUUAGAUGGAAAAUACAGUGUGUUAUUUGGGGAACUUGUCCAUAAUAGAUUAUAUAAAUAAAUAUAUAUCUUUAUAUGAUGUAGAAAGUGUGUGCUCUGUGGCCUAUGCCUUUUAAUCUCUUUUCUGAUGCUGUACUUGUCAAGUCAUAUUACAUCUGAAGAAAUGCUUUGAUCUGUAAUUGAUUAAACUGGCAUGUAAAAAAUUUGUUUCCAAUCUCAGUUGUUAAAUGUAAAGACAAUUAGUUCCACCUGAGGCGCUGCUGCCCCCGGGAAAAAUAUUGAACUGUCACAAGAAAAAAAAAAAUCUUAUUUAUAUGAACUAAUCUGAUUUAAUGAACUUCAGCUUUGUGUUGAGAUUUGUUUGCUUGUUUUGAUUUUUCCCACGUUGUUUCCCCCUAAAAUGAUUUUGUUGUAGCAAUGAGUCCUGAAGUUUGAGUUAUUUAAGGCUUUUUGUAACGUGUGCCUGUCACAGUAAUUUGCCUUAAAGUGCUUUGGACAAAAAUCAUUUCUAUGUGUACUUUGUAAUGUUUUGUAAGGCUGUUAUAGAGGUUUUGGCGGAGGAUUAUUUUUAUUGAACUAGGUUCUUCUUACAAGUAUACUGAACCCUUAUUUUUGUGUAUUUUUAAACCUGUUCUUGACUACACUUUAACUGGCCUAAGGACAGAUGGCGGUCUGUAUUAAACUGCAUAGUUCGGCUGUAUUUUGUACUUGGUCACAAUGUGUAAUAAACUGGUGUAGACCAAAA